CUCAGCCUGGGAGCGCGGGGCGGGGGGCGGUCCGCCCUCGGCGAAGGUCCCUGGGGAUGUGGAGAGCUGGCAGCAUGUCGGCGGAGCUGGGAGUCGGGCUCGCAUUGCGGGCGGUGAACGAGCGCGUGCAGCAGGCGGUGGCGCGGCGGCCGCCGGAUCUCCCAGCCAUCCAGCCCCGGCUAGUAGCAGUCAGCAAAACCAAACCUGCAGACAUGGUGAUUGAAGCCUACAGUCAUGGCCAGCGUACUUUUGGGGAGAACUAUGUUCAAGAACUGCUAGAAAAAGCAUCAAAUCCUAAAAUUCUGUCUUUGUGUCCUGAGAUCAAAUGGCACUUCAUUGGCCACCUACAGAAACAAAAUGUCAACAAAUUGAUGGCUGUCCCCAAUCUCUUCAUGCUGGAAACAGUGGAUUCUGUGAAGUUGGCAGAUAAAGUGAACAGUUCAUGGCAGAAAAAAAGUUCUCCUGAAAGGUUAAAGGUUAUGGUCCAGGUUAAUACCAGUGGAGAGGAGAGUAAACAUGGCCUUCUGCCUUCAGAGACAGUAGCCGUGGUGGAACACAUAAAUGCCAAGUGCCCCAGCCUGGAAUUUGUGGGGCUCAUGACCAUAGGAAGUUUUGGCCAUGAUCUUAGUCAAGGACCAAAUCCAGACUUCCAGGUGUUACUGUCCCUCCGAGAGGAGCUGUGUAAAAAGCUGAGCAUCCCCACUGAGCAGGUUGAGCUGAGCAUGGGCAUGUCCAUGGACUUCCAGCACGCUAUUGAAGUAGGAUCUACGAAUGUCCGAGUAGGAAGCACCAUUUUUGGAGAGCGAGAUUACUCCAAAAAGCCUGCCCUGGACAAGUCGGCAGCCGACCUGAAGGCACCAAUGGAGGUGGCGCAGGCGCACUGAGGCCAGGCACAGCCAGCAGUGGCGCAUGGGCCGGGGCCGUCCAGGAGGACGAACUAUGCACUCACUUGGAUUUCCAUCUCGAUGUUCCCUUUGUUACAGCACAGCCGUGCUCUCCUUGUGACCCUCAGAGAGCGUGCUGAUGAUGACGUGUGUGGAUGGAAACCAUCUGUACUUAGUAUCUCACUCAAGAAGUUCACUUCAGGUAGUGGCUUUGGAUUGGAUCUCAGAAAUCCAGACAUUUCUGCAGAACACAUAUCAAGUCAAUAGCCAGGAAUUGAGUUCAGUUUUGAAUCUUGCCCAGGAAAAACAACCAACUCACGAAUGCCUUCCCCUGGUUAAAAUGUGGCCACUGAUGCCUAUAAUCACCAGAGUGAGAGGGAUUCGCAUUUGUCGUCCCCUUUCAUAGAAAAUUCUCUUCACACAAACCCCUAGUGAGUAAUUAAUUGUCUUUGCUGCUCUGGAACAGAGUAAUCGCUGUCCCCAGUUUUCACCCCACCCAGUAAAUAUUUAUCCGUGCUCUGGAAUGACCGUACAGGUGACUUCAGGAACUGGCUCAAGGCAAUGCUCCAAACCCAAAUCAUGGCUCAUGAGAGUUUAUGGCUUUGGCCACCUUGUGGUAUUGACCCUGAAAAUGACAGAGGUAACAUAAUUGGGUUUGAGCCUUUCUAACAUCCUCAAGAGACAGGGCUUUGAGCUUUCUCCCCUGGGCUCUCCAGUGAGGAAAAUUUAAUGCUGUGAUUUCUUUUACACCAUAAUCCUCUUAAUGGUGGUUUCUUAUCAAAGACCAGUGAAUCUCAUCGCUUCCCAGAAAUUCCUUGAAAGCCAGUUCAGGCUCACAGUUUCAACAAGGCCUGGCUUUGAGGUUCCCACCCCUGCAGAGCAUUUUCCAGGCCCAUCUAUAUAUACCCUCCCCUCCCCUGCUGUACUGAUAAGCCAGAAUUUUGCAACUUCUUGGUUGUUAAUAAAGUAGCAAGAGCUUCAAAAACUAGAAAGCACAAUUCUCAGAUACUCAUAACAGUCUUUAUUCAAGCCCCAGUCUUUUAUCUCACGAAAUAACUCCGAACCUGUUGCUACUGCUGAAUGUAAUUUUGUAAAACUUAAAACAAUUAUGAUGCCUGUAUUCUUUCAAUCAGAGCUAUAUGAUGUUUCAGAGUGUGUUAAAUAAAAAUGUGAGUUUGAAUUAUACCAUCUGUUCCGAUUACAAAGCAAUUAAAGUAUUUAUUUUUUAAGA